AUGGUCUUAGAAGUCGAAUCCAAGACCAACAUUUUUAAGAUCCAGAACCUACCCGGGACACCGCACCACGUGUACUUCACCGAUCUUCUUGGAAGUCGUGACGAAGGGGUCCCCAACCCCAUUACAGGCUCAUGGUUUCGCAUCGAGAAAGGACCUCCGGCCACAUCUCCCAAGUACGACUAUGAUGAGGUUGGCGUUGUCAUCAAAGGUACUAUUAUCUUGGAGGACGAGAUGGGUACCAAGAAGACUGUCGAGGCUGGUGAUACCUUCGUGAUUCACCGAGGAAGCACGGUUGCCUUCUCUUCAAGCGACUAUGGAAUCGCGUUCAAGUGCGGGUCUAGGCUGAUGGCUAGACUUUAG